AUAACAUUAAAAGUAAAUUAAACUUUUAAUUAAAUUAAAGUUCAAUAAUAACAACAACACGAAAAUAAAAUGAAAAUUUAUUUAAUUGCAGCUGUAUUUCUAUGUGCCGUAUUUGGUCACACACUCGGGCUAUUCGUUAGCAAUGGACACCAAUUAUUUGAUUCAAAAGUUGGCAACACUACCGAUGAUUGUAAAAAAGAUGCUUGCUGCUUAAAGAUUAUCGAUGAUGUCUACAAAUGUGUUUACGAUAAAGAGGAUAAAUCGACAAUUGAAAAACAUAUUAAGGAAUCAAAAUUUAUUUGCUGUCUUAUGGGUAUUGAAUUUGAUUGUGUCAACUCACUUGCUAAGACUAAAUGUGAUCAAAAAGAUGCGGAUAAAUUGAAAGGUGAAAUUGACCAAGUUACUAAAUUACUGGAUCAAAGUGAAUGUAAAGAACAUCAUAUUAAAACCGGUGUUACAAAAUGCGAAACAUAAAUGAUUUAUUGAUAUUUUUUUAAAAACUAUAACUUUAGUAAUAUUAUCCACAAAAAAAUUAUAAAUUUUGAUACAAUAAUAAAUAUUAUAACUACUGUAUUUGUUAUUAUAUCACAAUAUUUUUUAAAAAUGUAACCAUAAUACUUUUUUUGUAUUAUUAAAUAAU